CCUAACCUCAGCCCUGUGCUUGCUUUACUGGUGCACCCCACCUCCCCUGCUGUCUGAGAACUCCAGCCCACUGCGCUUCCUGCACCCCAGCACGGACGGGCGUGCAAGAAACCAAGAGAGAGUCAGCUUCCGGCCGCAGGAAGAGGAAGAGGAGGAGGAGGAGGAGGAAGGCUCCCCCUGCAUCCCCAUCGGUCAGCUGCACCUCAUGGCCGGGUGCUACCCCGAGGGAAGCGGUGGACGGGACCGUCCCGAGCUGGAGCCGGCACUGGGCCUGGCGUCCGAGGGAAGCGAGAGCAGCCAGGAGUGCCCGGCCUCGCCUGGGUCGCCGCUCGAGAACAACAGGAAGCGGGCGCGGCCUGCCUUGCACGAGGACAUGGAGAUGGGGGGCAGCGGCUCCAGCGGAAGCGGGACAGAGUCCCAUGGCAACGAGUCCCACGGCAACGAUUCUCAAGGCAACGAGUCGGUCGGCAGCUCCAGCGGAAACGGCAAAGACUCCGCCCUGACAGAGUCUUCAGAAAGCAACAAGAGCUCCAACUCCCACAGCCCGUCUCCGCCCAGCAGCUCCACCGCCUUUAGCAUGCUGAGCUCUGAACAGGACCACCCGUCCACCAGCGGCUGCAGUAGCGAACAGUCGGCCAAAGCCAAGACGCAGAAGGAGCUGUUGAAGACGCUGAAGGACCUGAAGAUGCACCUGCCGUCUGAGAAGAGGAGCAAGGGGAAGUCCAGCACGCUCAACACGCUGAAGUACGCGCUGCGAUGCAUCAAGCAGGUCAAAGCCAACGAGGAGUACUACCAGAUGCUGAUGAUCAACGACAGCCAGCCCCCCGGGCCCGACGUUUCAUCUUACACCAUCGAGGAGAUCAACAGCAUCACCUCGGAGUACACACUGAAGAACACGGAUAUCUUCGCGGUGGCGGUGUCGCUCAUCACAGGGAGGAUCGUGUACAUCUCGGACCAGGCGGCCGCCAUCCUCAACUGCAAGCGGGAGGUGUUCCACAACGCCAAGUUCGUGGAGUUCCUGACGCCGCAGGACGUGGGCGUGUUCUACAGCUUCACCACGCCGUACCGCCUCCCCUCGUGGAGCACGUGCACCGGAGCAGAGUCGUCUCCCACAGAGUGUAUGCAGGAGAAGUCCUUCUUCUGCCGCAUUAGUGGGGGUAAGGAGCGCGAGGGGGCCCUGCGCUACUACCCGUUCCGCAUGACGCCCUACCUGAUGAAGGUGCAGGAUGCCCAGCUGGCUGAGGACCAGCUCUGCUGCCUCCUGCUGGCCGAGAGGGUGCACUCCGGCUACGAAGCGCCACGAAUCCCUGCCGACAAGCGCAUCUUCACCACCACACACACGCCCAACUGUGUGUUCCAGGACGUGGAUGAGAGGGCCAUCCCUCUGCUAGGCUACCUGCCCCAGGACCUGAUCGGGACCCCCGUGUUGCUCAACCUGCACCCCAGCGACAGGCCUCUCAUGUUGGCUGUACAUAAAAAGAUCCUGCAGUUCGCCGGCCAGCCCUUCGACCACUCGUCCACGCGCUUCCGCGCCAAGAAUGGCGAGUACGUGACCAUCGACACCAGCUGGUCGAGCUUCGUCAACCCCUGGAGCCGCAAGGUGUCCUUUGUGAUCGGCCGCCAUAAAGUCUGCAUGGGUCCCGUGAAUGAGGACGUGUUUGAUGCACCGGUGUUCCACGGAGGAAAGAUCAUGGACUCUGACAUCCAGGAAAUCAGUGAGCAGGUCCAUCGAGCGCUGCUGCAGCCGGUGCACCAAAUGGGCUCCAGCGGCUACGGGAGCCACGGGAGCAACGGCUCCCAUGAGCAGCUGCUGAGCGCGGGCUCGACCAGCGACAGCACGGGGGCCCUUGCUGGAGGCCCCGCCACCGCCACAGAGGAAGAGACGGCGCGGGCCAAGCCGCGCACCUUCCAGGAGAUCUGCAAGGGGGUGAUCAUGCUGAAGAACCAGGACCCCCAGGUGUGCCUGCAGCCACCCGCGCCCUGGACCCCCAGGCCCGAGCAGAGGCUGAAGGCCGCUGAUGCAUCCUUUCCGGCUGCACUGACGAAUCCCCUGGUCCGUCUGAAUGACCUGGUGCCCAAGGACAGUACUGCAGCCAGCAUGGAGGACCUCCCCUGUAAAGACCAGAGCGUUUACUCCUACCAGCAGAUCAGCUGCCUCGACAGUGUCAUCAGGUACCUGGAGAACUGCAACAUUCCCGGUACGGUGAAGAGGAAGUAUCAGUUCUCCUCCCACACCCCCUCCUCCUCCGACGAGGAAAAGAAGGGCUCGGAGAACGGUUUCCAAGGCCCGCAUGACACCCACCAAGGCUCCAUGAUGCUCAAGGGCCCCAAGAAGCCUCUGGCGGCCCUCCCCCUGGCCCGCAAGGCGGAGAGCGUGGUGUCCAUCACCUCUCAGUGCAGCUACAGCAGCACCAUCGUCCACGUGGGGGACAAGAAGCUCCAGCCCGAAUCUGAGAUCAUCGAGGACGUGGUGGAGAGCCCUGCGCCCCCUCCCCCACCCGCCAGCGUGGUGGAGUCCCCGCCCAGCCAGGAGAAGGAGGCCUACAGGCGCCUCGGCCUCACCAAGCAGGUGCUGGCGGCGCACACCCAGAAGGAGGAGCAGGCCUUCCUGACCCGCUGCCGGGAGCUCGGCGACGCCCACACCUUCCAGAAGGACUGCUCCACCUACCUGCACCGCCACCGCCGCGCCACCAACGCCGAAGAGUCCUCAGGGGCCCGGGGGCCACACAAGCAGGGCGCCGGCCAGCCCGAGCCCGGCGCCAGGAAGGGCGGCCGGAACAAGAAGUCAAAAAAGCCCCGCAUGAAGCGUCCCGACUCGUCGGACAGCGGCAUGUCCGACCGCAAGCCCCGCCCCCCUCUGCAGGGCCUCAACCAGACGUCCUGGUCACCGUCGGAGGCCUCCCAGUCGGCGUUCAGCGUCUCGUACCCGGCCCUGGUUCCGGGUUACCCGCUCUCCGUGUACGCCGCCGCCCAAGCCCGGUCGGCCUGCCCGGAAACCCCCCUCUCCAGCGGCUUCGCUGAGGUCCAGAGCAGCCAGGCUCCUCCCACCGCCAGGCCCUUCGCGGCUCCCAUCGUGGCGCCUGUGGUGACGCUGGUGCUGCCCAACUACCUGUUCCCUCAGAUGGCUCCGAUGGGCCAGAUGGCCGCGGCCCCGAGUCCGGCCUUCUUCCCUGAGCAGACGCAGCCCCAGCCGGCGUACACCGCCCAGACGGCCUACCAGCCCGCCUACCCCAUGCAGCCGCAGGCCCCCUACGCCACCCUGGCGCCCCAGCCCUUCGCCCCCAGACCGGCCUUCAUCCCCCAGCCUGCGUUCGUCCCCCCGCCCGCGUUCCUCCCCCAGCCGGCCUUCCUCCCCCAGCCGGCCUUCCUCCCCCAGCCGGCCUUCCUCCCCCAGCCGGCCUUCCAGGCCCCGCAGGCGGCCUACGCCUCCACACCGCAGCCUUUUCAGACGCAGCCCGCCUACAGCCCCCAGCCGCACUUCUCCCUCGCUCCCCAGGCGUCCUUUGGCGUCCAGACCCAGUUUGUGACGCAGGCCCCCUACCCGGCCAGGCCCUUUGCCUACGCCAUGCGCGCGGAGACCCCGACGGUCCCGGACCCCCGGGACGGGGCAGCGUCGCGCUCCUCCACGCCAUCGUCGGCCGGCCGCGAGCCCCCCGCCUCACCGGCCCCGCUCUUUGAGUCGCGCUGCAGCUCGCCGCUGCAGCUCAACCUGCUGAGCAUGGAGGAGAGACAGCGCUCAGCGGAGCGGCCGAACGCAGGGCCGCCGGCCGGACCGGGGCCCCCCGUGUGCGGGGAGAUGGGCGUGGCCCCCGCCGAGGACCUCCAUCAGGAGGAGUCGCCUGAGGACGAGGCCCAGAGCGACGGGAACCUGACCUCCAGCGACCUGCUGGACCUCCUGCUGCAGGAGGACUCCCGCUCCGGGACCGGCUCGGCCAGCUCCGGCUCCAUGGGCUCCGGGUCAGGGUCCGGGUCAGGCUCCCGGUCGGGGUUGGAGUCCGGGUCUGGCUCCCGGAGCUCCGGCUCCAGGAGCUCCGGCUCCAGGGGCUCUGGCUCGGGCUCCAGGUCGGGGGUGGGGUCCGGGUCAGGUUCGGGCUCCGGGUCCAACGGCUGCAGGACCUCAGCGAGCGGGGCAUCCGGGAGCAGAACUGGAAGCCGCAACACUAGCAAGUACUUUGGCAGCGUGGACUCCCUGGGGCCCGACCCCAGGGUAAAGGCCAGGGCCAAGCUGCGGGGCGAGGCCGGCUCGGAGGCCGGCCGGCCCCUUGCUCCGGGGGACCGGGAGAGGCUGCAGGAACCCCUGUGGUUUCUGGGGGCCAAUACUGGCGACCAGGUCAUGAUGACCUACCAGAUGCCUUCCAGAGACAUCCAGAAGGUUCUGCGGGAGGACAAAGAGCGGCUGAGGCUGAUGCAGAAGAGCCAGCCGUGCUUCUCGUCGGAGCAGUGGAGGGAGCUGGUGGAGGACCACCCCUGGAUGAGGAGGGGGGGCCUGCCCUCCACCAUCAAUGUCAAGGAGUGUGUGUACUGUGAAGACGCAGCCACGCACCCUUCUGCCGAGGAAGACCACCCAGAAAUGGACCUUGGGGACAGGGUAGAGGAGAAGGGCCGACAGGACCAGAUACAGCAGCCCCACGAGGCCGGACCUCAGCCCGACUUAGGGUCAUAGACCCCUACACACACACACACACACACACACACACACACACACACACACACACACACACACACACACACACACACACACACACACACACACACACACACACACACACACACGAGGGGAUGACAUGCACCAUUGCCAUGGCAUCAGAUGCUUACAUUACACCACAUGGAAUUACAUUGCACACACAUGCACCUGGGCAUCUCUAUAAACAUGAGGUAUAAACUUACGUGCCUUGGGGACUUGCAUGGCAACACUGUGCAUCGAACAAUUUCACGUGUGUGGAACUCUCCUCUUUGCGGCCAUUUGGGAUGGCGUUGAAGCUGUGUACACGUGUGUGUCUAUGUCUGUGUGUGUCCAGGAGCAAUUAUGUAUGAUAAAUAGGAAGAGGUGUACUGCAGACCGCAGUACCAAUCCCCUCCUUCCAGGGGGCAGUAUGCUCCAGAUUCUGAAGGCAUUGUCCAACACACUGUUCUCUGCUCAUGAAACACAAGCCCUCACACAUGUUCUCUCUAAUACCUUUGGUGCCCAACUUGCGUAGCUCAUGACUAUAAUCAUGCGAAAAUGCCUUCGUUUUUACGAGCUCAGGCUUAAUUGUAUUAUUGGUACUUUUAUUCAACUAAAAUGGAAAUAAUUUCUGAAUUUUAUUAAGGAAUUACAAAACAGAUUGCCACUUUACUAGGCAAAAUAUGCCCUUUACAGACUUUCUAUAUGUUCUGGGGACGGUCCUAGGCAGAGCGAUGAGGCUUUUUGGUGCAGGUUACCAAGCUCUCUAGUUGUUCCUUCCUGGGGCCAUGUAGCAUGGACAGGCUGUUCAGUGGCUAGUCUAAAUAUACGCUUAAAUCAAGAAAGUGUUUCAAUCAAACUCAUCCACUUAUCCCCGCCCUUUAUUUAUGUAUUGUUGCCGAGAAAGCACAGAAUUUUGACCAAAGCUCAGAAAGGUGGUUCGACCUUUUCAGCUCAGACUUACAGCCGAUGAUUUAUC